UGUUACAUUAUGUGAAGGAUGGCACAACACAAAAAGGCCCUAAUCAUGUACACUGGUGUAGUUGCUCUUGUACAACAAAAAAGGAUGGAAGCCAUUAUGAAGGACAUUAAGCACUGGACUGCUCAAUGGAUUGGCGACGAUGCUAGACAUGUAUUUGAGGUGCAAAUGCACAUGAAGAAGCUGGGGGUGCACUUAGGUAAUAGCACAUGUACAUGUAACAUGUGGCAACUUACAGGAAUUCCAUGUGUGCAUGCCAUGGCUGCUAUUGCUAAGAGGGGAGACAGAGCAGACACAUAUGUGUACAAGUGGCUGAAGAUGGAUGCCUUCAGAGCAACAUAUGGUCAUUCCAUUAGCCCCGUCAAUAGUGAAGAGUAUUGGGAGAAGUCUGGAGAAAUAAGCUCAAUCCCUCCCAAGAUUAAGAGGCCAAUAGGGCGUCCAGUAAAGAGAAGGAGACCAGACCCAGUAGAAGAUGGACCAGAGGGUACUAAGGCAAAAAAGACCUUUCGAGUCACAUGCGGAAAAUGUGGAGAUACUGGCCACAAUGCUAAGACCUGCAAGGGAGCUCCUAAGGCUGGAACUAAUCCUAAAGGAAAGGUCAAGGGAAAAUCCAGGAAAAAGUCAACUACAACACAAGAAGAGGUUCAGGUUUCUCAAUUGGCACUCGUAACUUAGGUAUACAUGAAUGACACUUA